CGCGGUAGGUCCAGGGCCGGCUUAACGCGUCUGGUGCCACGCUCGUGACAUUCAAUUCUAUCGCACCGUCUCAAUUCCUGUGCACCUCCUUUGUCAGGGUUGAGGCUCUUGCCCAGUACACUCCUCUGCAUCGAUUUCUCUAUUUCUGUCGGGUGGACCUCUAGGUCCACGGUCGUCAUGACCGAUCAUGCCCCAAGGCCUAGCAGAGAAACUGCCUCCAGGCUGCACCACUGUUCGAGACAUCCUUGACGGCAAGGUCAGCAAAGGCAGUUAUGUCGAUGUCAUUGGCAUCGUGGCUGAAUUUCGGGCACCGAUUCAAACAAGGGGCAAAGAUUGGAAGUGCCAGAUCCGGUUCUACGACCAGACAGUUGAAGACGAGUCCGAUGUGUCACUGGAGCUGAACGUUUUCCGGCCUCAGGCUGAGAUGCCAGAGGUUGGGUACGGAGAUGUUAUGGUCAUCUCUCGGGCCAAGGUCCAAGCAUUUCAAUCUGCCAACGUUUCACUAAUCACCAGUGUGCCGACACGCCUUCGCGUCUACGAGGCUGCGAAAAUCCCCAAGCCUCCACGGGAUCCAACGCCUGCCUUGAGACCAUUUGCCAAGCCGGGCACAGCGCCAUCGACUGGCGAAAGGGCGUUCGUCUCACUUUUGUACCAUUUGAUUAAUAAGGAACGCUUGCCCGCCCCUUCGGAGUAUGAGGUCAUGAAAGUGCAAUCUAUCAACAUCAAGGACAAGUAUCAUACACUCCAGGACGUCCGACAAGGCAUGUACACGGAAACCAUUGUGGAAGUCGUUCGCGAGCCCUAUUGGCUAGGCGACAAAUAUACUCUCUGGGUUUCCGAUUACACAGAGAACAGUGCUUUCUUCGAGCAUUCGUUUGGGAGAGGGAAGUCACAUCAAGGGCAAGUCGGCGAUCCAUUCGGUCUUUUGCCUCAAAACAAGGAGGAACACGAUUGGGCUGGUCCAUUUGGACAACGAAGCAUGCAAGUGACUUGUUUCUUUCCACAUGCGAACGUGAUUCGCGACCAUCCGGUUUCCAAGGGGUCAUGGAUUAGGAUGCGCAAUUUACACAUCAAGUUUGGCCACAACAAUGCCAACCUCGAGGGCUUUCUUCACGAAGACAAACGAUACCCAGAAAGGAUAAACCUCUCUCCGGUGGACUUGAACGAUCGCGAGAACCUCAGCCAAGAGCUCAAAGACACCAUCCGUCGCAGGAAGGAAUACGAGAAGGCGUACAAGAGCGAGCGCAAAGAGCUCAACGAAACGAUUGAGAAGAAGCGCAAGCAGCUUGGUGAAGCAGCCGCGGCUGGUGCGAAACGUAGGGCCGAAAUUGGUCUCGAAUCUGCGCCCUCGACGAAACGUAACCGCAAGGAAAGGCGUGCACACCUUCAAAAGUCGGCUGCGGCAGAUCUUCAACCUGGCGCAACACGGGCCAAGGAGUCAGUGCCCGACGGCCAGGCGGCAGAUACAAGCGACCCGCCACCCAAUGUGCCAGAUUUGAAUCCUCAAAUUCAAUGCGAGAACCACCAGCGACGAACGAGUAUAGUUGCGGAGAUGCUCGCGCCACAGUAUAGUGAGUUUGACAUUGACGGCGAAAGUGUCGUUCUCAUGGUCCCGUUCUCAAACCGCAAUUACCGCACCAACGUCAGAGUGGUCGAUUUUAGGCCCUCGGAUCUGCGUGACUUUUGCUAUCCCAAGAAGGCGGAUUCUCCCUAUGACUGCCUAUCGGACGAUUCUGGUGAUGAGGACGGGGACUCCGACACUGGUGCGGACAGUGGUAAUGAGAACACGAUGGAGAACUUCACGGCCGUGAAUCGCUGGGAGUGGAAGUUUUCGCUAGAGUUGGAAGACGCCGCUGUGCAUCCUGGGAAGCAGAAAGAGCGGUUCUGGGUCACAGUGGACAACCUGGCCGCCCAGUGCCUCGUCAAUCUGGAUGCGUCCAACCUCCGACACGACCGCAAGAAUCUUGAAGCCCUUCGGCAGCAGCUGUUCAUCCUCUGGGGUGAUUUGGAAGAGCACAAGAGUCGGGAUGCAGAAAAGGCCGCGGCUGGACACGAAAAGCCCCCGGACGACAGCGACGAUGAGACCUCCUCCGGACUGGCGGCCAAGGUGUCGAACCGUCCGUUCCAGUGCUGCGUCCGAGAGUAUGGAAUCAAGGUGCCAGAGUCUGAUCCCGCAAAGGCUAAUGCCGGUGAGUCGAAGCGGUGGGAGCGAAUGUACAAGCUGUUUGGCACCAAGAUAUCUGGGUCGUGACGCACCUCAUACGCCCUCGCAUGUCUCCAGUCAUUUUUACUUGCUAGCUAGCGAUAGAUGACGAUGACGCCUUAUAUACCCCCAACUUGAGCUUUAUUUGGGCCUUCAACUCUAUCCGGG